AUGUACCAUAAACCUCCCCCACACUACAGGGCAAGAAUCGUCAAAGGGAUUUCUCUCACAUACAAAAAAAAAAAAAAGAGACACAACACAACUCAACUAUCAUCAUCGUCAUCAUCUUUAUCAACCAAGACUAUAACCAGAGUCAACCAUAACGGACAACAAACAACUAUAAAUAUUCAAAUAGAAUUGAUAACCAUGUCAUUAUUAACAGCAGAAAGAUUAGUUAAAUUAGCAUAUAAAUAUCCAAAUUUAUCCAAUACAUGGUAUUUAAUAGCCACGGCAUGUUUAACAGUUAUUAAUCAACCUGAUGAAAUUCCUAAAUUAUAUCAUUUUGCAUUACGUCAACAAUUAUUAGAAGAUGCACCAACAACAGGGAAUAAUUCAUUAUUAACUAAUAAAUAUUUAUUACAAUUAGCUAAUGAUUCAAUUGAAUCAGCUAAAAGAUAUCAAGAUUUAACAGCUGUUGGAAUGAAUUUACCAGAUAUUUUAAUACCUCCAAAUUAUUAUGAUAAAUUACCAUUAAAUUUUAAAUUUAAUAAAGGUGAAGAUAUUUUUAAAUGUCAGGAUCAAUUAACUUCAAGAUUUAGAGAAGUUAUAUUAAAAAGUAUUGCAUUAAUUGGAUUACCUAAAGUUAUUAAUUCAUUAAUGAUUUUAAAAACUGUUACUCCUACCAAUUUUCGUAGUGGAAUCAUACCUGAACGUCCAUGUAUUGUUACACCUGGUCAUAUACCUUCUGCUUCAAUAGUAAGUGAAGAUGUAAAUGGUACAAGAUUUGAUGAUCCUAAAGGUAAUUUAACAUUUGAUACUAUUGAUGGUCCAAUAACUCCCCAAUCGAUAAAUAAUAAACAAAUUUUUAAAGAUUUGAAAAGAGGCUCGGAUUUUUGGAAUUCUGUUUAUAGAAAUAAAAUUAAUACUAGAAUUAAAAAUCAAAUGUUGACUGCUUAUCCUGAUUUAUGGUAUUAUGCUUAUCAUCAUGUUUAUACUCCAUUAUUAAGUUUUACUGAUAUUAUAGGUGCUAAAGAAACUUCUUUAUGUGUUGUUGCUUGUUUAAUUCCUCAAGAUGUUAAUCCUCAAUUAAAAGGUCAUUUGAAAGGUGCUGUUAAUAAUGGUGCUACUAAAGAGGAAAUUAAUGAUGUUAGACAAUUAACUUUUGAUAUUUGUGAUUGGAAAGGUGGAAUAACUUGGAAAGGUGGUAAAGAAAGUGUAGCCAAAUUAUAA